AUGGGAAAAGUUAAACCAAGAAAACAAGAAGAAGCUAUAAGCACAGGUGAAAUUGUACUAUCGGCAAUAAAGAAAUUGAUGAAGAACACUGGAUGGACUGCCCGCACUAUUAUAAAAUUUAUCAAACUCGAAUACCGUAUUAGUGAUUCCAAAAUAAGCCAAAGAGUAUCAAGGGCAUUGAAAAGAGGUGUAAGACUGGGCAUAUUGCAAAUGGAACGUGGCCGCUAUAGGCUGAACAACAUGGCAAGCUUGGCGCGACAAGUGAGUCCUACUGAUAUUCGUUCAAACCAAUGCAAACUGCAACAAGAGCUAUCGCUGCGGAUACGCAGUGGAGCACCUUCUGUAGCCUCAAGAUUGAAUAAAUACAGUUCUAGAAGGAAAUAUAAACGAUGA